UUGACCAGAUAUUAUUGCAACCAAAGAUCAACUGUACAUAGAACAUAGAUACAGAGACACUUGACAUCAGGAAGGUGCUCUCUCAGCACAACGGAAAAUAUCUCAAUAACUUGACAUGUUCUGGUUGUGAAUUCAGCCUACAAGAAUAUCGGAACGUGUUGUUUUCAAAAUGUCCAUGAUUUCCUGCUCUUUGUGUAAUUUGGGGUCAGUGCUCUGAAAUGAGUCUCUCUGGGAAGAGAGAGGAGGGGGGCCCUGCCUCUAAAAUGAAUCUCUCUGGGGAGAAAGAGGAGGGGGGCCCUGCCGCUAAAAUGAGUCUCUCUGGGGAGAAAGAGGAGGGGGGCCCUGCCUCUAAAAUGAGUCUCUCUGGGGAGAAAGAGGAGGGGGGCCCUGUCUCUAAAAUGAAUCUCUCUGGGGAGAAAGAGGAGGGGGUACCUGCCUCUAAAAUGAGUCUCUCUGGGGAGAAAGAGGAGGGGGGCCCUGUCUCUAAAAUGAAUCUCUCUGGGGAGAAAGAGGAGGGGGUACCUGCCUCUAAAAUGAGUCUCUCUGGGGAGAAAGAGGAGGGGGGCCCUGCCGCUAAAAUGAGUCUCUCUGGAGAACAUGACACCAAAGCUAAGAGUCCAAUCAAGCAGGAGAGACCAGCCUCCCCUGUACCCAGCUGUGUGUCCAUGAAGAGUGACAAGUCUAUGUAUAAAUUGAUAGACUUCAGAGAGGGAGAUUAUUCUACUGAACAAAGAACCGAACAGGAGACAACAGAGUCAGAGAUUCUCAGUCAUCAAACAGACCUGGCCUCCAUAUUCAGUUUGCUUGAAGAGAAUAUUAUGACAUUUAUGAAGAACGAGCUGACGAUGUUCAAGAGGAUUCUUAGUCCAGAACUCCCAGAAGGCUUUGAGAGUCAGAAGCAGGAUGAGGAAGUGGUGGAUGCUGAAGAUGAGAAGCAUGAGAGCAGUGCCAGAGAGGGGGCUCUGAAGAUCACACUGCACGUCCUGAGGAAAAUGAACCAGAAGGAGCUUGCUGACACACUGGAGAAAAAUGAACUUGCUGUGAUUUGCCAACGUGAACUCAAAUCUAAUCUAAAGAAGAAGUUUCAAAGUGUAUUUGAGGGGAUCGCUAAACAAGGAAACCCAACACUUCUCAAUAAGGUCUACACAGAGCUCUACAUCACAGAGGGUGGAACAGGAGAGGUCAAUAAUGAACAUGAGCUGAGACAGAUUGAGACAACAACCAGGAAACAAGCAAGACCAGAGACUGCAAUCAAAUGUAACGACAUCUUCAAACCCUUAACUGGACAAGACAAACCUAUCAGAACUGUGCUGACAAAGGGAGUCGCUGGCAUUGGAAAAACAGUCUCUGUGCAGAAGUUCAUUCUUGACUGGGCUGAAGGAAAAGCAAAUCAGGAUGUCCAAUUUGUAUUUUCAUUCCCUUUUCGGGAGCUGAAUUUGAUGAAAGGGGAAAAACACACUUUGAUUGAACUUCUCAACCACUUCUCAAUGGAAACCAAAGAAUCAAGAAUCUCCAACUCCGACAAGAACAAAGUUCUGUUCAUCUUUGAUGGUCUGGAUGAGUGCCGACUGCCCCUAGACUUCCAGAAGAACAAGAUCUGUUGUGAUGUCAACAAGUCAACCUCAGUGGAUGUUCUGCUGACAAAUCUCAUCAAGGGGAAUCUGCUUCCCUCUGCUCUCCUCUGGAUAACUACCCGACCUGCAGCAGCCAAUCAGAUCCCCCCUGAGUGUGUUGACCAGGUGACAGAGGUACGAGGGUUCAAUGACCCACAGAAGGAGGAGUACUUCAGGAAGAGAUUCAGUGAUGAGGACCUGGCCAGCAGAAUCAUCUCACACAUAAAGACAUCAAGGAGCAUCCACAUCAUGUGCCACAUUCCAGUCUUCUGUUGGAUUUCUGCAACAAUCCUUGAAGACAUGCUGAAACAUAAGAGAGAAGAGAUGCCCAAGACUCUGACUGAGAUGUACACACACCUUGUGGUGUUUCAUACCAAACAGAAGAAUGAAAAGUAUCUUGGGAAAGAAGAGACAGGUCCCGACUGGAAUAAAGAGAGCAUUCUGUCACUGGGAAAACUGGCUUUUCAACAGCUUGUGAAGGGCAAUCUGAUUUUCUAUGAAGAAGACCUGAAAGAGGCUGGCAUUGAUGUCAAUGAAGCCUCAUUGUACUCAGGAUUGUGCACACAGCUCUUUAAAGAGGAAUGUGGGCUGUACCAGGACAAGGUGUACUGCUUCGUGCAUCUGAGCAUUCAGGAGUUUCUGGCUGCUGUAUAUGUGUUCCUUUCAUUCAUCAACAACAAUGAGAAUCUAAUGGCCAAACCUCAAACAUCCAGCAACGAUUGUCUACUGAAUCCAGAAGUUACUGUCUACAAGAUCGCUGUGAAUAAAGCCUUACAAAGUGAGACGGGAAACCUGGACCUUUUCCUCCGCUUCCUUCUGGGCCUCUCAAUGGAGUCCAAUCAGAAGCACUUACGAGGUCUACUGACAACGAAAGGAAGCAGCUCACAGAGCCAUGAAGAAACAGUCAAGUACAUCAAGGAGAAGAUCAGUGAGAAUCCCUCUCCAGAGAGGUGCAUCAAUCUGUUCCACUGUCUGAAUGAACUGAAUGACCAUUCUCUAGUGGAGGAGAUCCAAAGCUACCUGAGAUCAGGAAGUGUCUCCAGUGAUGAACUCUCACCUGCACAGUGGUCAGCGCUGGUCUUUGUGUUGCUGACUUCAGAAAAGGAGCUGGAUGUGUUUGACCUGAAGAAAUACUCCAGAUCAGAGGAAGGUCUUCUGAGGCUGCUGCCAGUGGUCAAAGUCUCCAGAGCUGCUCUGCUGUCAGGCUGUGGGGUCACAGAGGAAGGCUGUGCUUCUCUGGUCUCAAUUCUCAUCUCAAACCCCUCACACCUGAGAGAGCUGGAUCUGAGUAACAAUGACCUGAAGAAUUCAGGAGUGAAGCUGCUCUUUGCUGGACUGGGGAAUCCCCACUGUAGACUGGAGACUCUGAGGUCAGAGUUCCUGUAAUGUGUUUACCAGGCA